AUGGCUUCUAACGCCAUCAUCCACUGCAACUCCUCUUCAUCUCACCUCAUACCAACAUACGACGUCUUUGUGAGCUUCCGAGGUGAAGACACUCGCAAUAACUUCACUGGAUUUCUCUUCGAAGCUCUUGGUAAAAUGGGGAUUGAUGUCUUCAAAGAUGAUACACAUCUCAAGAAAGGGGAAUUCAUAGCACCCGAGCUGUUGCAAGCCAUUGAAGGGUCUCGUAUUUACGUUGUGGUCUUCUCAAAGAACUAUGCUUCCUCAAAGUGGUGCUUGCGUGAACUUGCGCACAUCUGCAAUUGCAUUGAAACACCAGGAAGACAUGUUCUGCCUAUUUUUUAUGAUGUGGAUCCGUCAGAUGUUCGAAAACAAAGUGGAUAUUUUGAGAAAGCCUUUUCUGAUCAUGAAGAAAGAUUCAGAGAAGAAAAGUUGUUGAUGGAGGAAAUUCAGAGAUGGAGAGAAGCUCUCACACGAGUGGCCAAUCACUCUGGCUGGGAUAUCCGAAACAAGCCACAAUAUACAGAGAUUGAAGAGAUUGCUGAGAAAAUAAGAAAUAUCUUGGGUCAUAAAUUUUCAUGUCUUCCAAAUGAUAAUCUAGUUGGGAUAGAAUCUAGUGUCGAGGUAUUAUCAAAACGUUUAUGUUUGGAGUCUCUUAAUGAUGUUCGUGCUGCUGGAAUUAGUGGAAUGGGUGGUAUAGGAAAGACAACUCUGGUUCGUGCUUUAUAUGAAAGAAUCUCUCAUAAAUUUGAUUUUUGUUGUUUUAUUGAUGAUGUAAGCAAACUUUAUCAAGAUUGUGGUACAUUAGGAGUACAAAAGCAGUUACUUUAUCAAUGUCUAAAUGAAAAAAAUUUAGAAAUUUUCAAUGUUUCCGAGGGAACAUCUUUGGUAUGGAGUAGGGUACGGAAUGGUAGGGCUCUUAUUGUUCUAGAUAACGUGGAUCAUGUAGGACAACUAAAGAUAUUUACAGGGAGUAGAGGGAAUCUGUUAGGUGAAAGCUUGGGUGGAGGGAGCAGAAUCAUCAUAAUUUCUAGGGAUGAACAUAUAUUGAGAACACAUGGAGUAGAUGAUGUUUACCAAGUUCAGCCAUUGAAUGACACAGAUGCUGUUCGACUGUUUUAUCAAAAUGCUUUCAAGAGUAAUUAUGUAAAGAGUGGAUAUGAAGAGUUUACAGAUGUUAUAAUGUUACAUUGUCAAGGCCAUCCCUUAGCAAUUGAAGUAUUGGGCUCUUCUUUGUUUGGUCGAAGUGUCUCACAGUGGAGAAGUGCAUUGAUUAGGCUAAGGGAAAACAAAAGUAAAGAUAUAAUGGAUGUGUUGCGAGUAAGUUUUGAUCAGCUGGAUGAUACGGAAAAGGAAACAUUUUUAGACAUUGCUUGCUUUUUGAAUUAUGGAGAAGUGGAAUAUGUGAAGGAAGUUCUAGAAUUUCGAGGAUUUCAUCCUGAAUAUGGUCUACAAGUUCUCAUUGAUAAAUCACUCAUUAAAUAUGGGCGUUAUGGGAACCAUAUUUUAAUUGAGAUGCAUAUGUUGUUGGUAGACUUGGGCAGGUGUAUUGUUCGAGAUAAGGCACCUAAAGAGCCUAGAAAGAGGUGUAGGUUGUGGGAUUACAAAGAUCUCCACAAAGUUAUGUCCGACAAUAUGGCUGCAGAAAAUCUUGAAGCCAUAGUGGUUCGAAAUGAGACAUCAGAGUUUCAUAAAGCAACAGUAAGGGCUGACGCACUAUCCAAAAUGAGUUAUCUUCAGUUGCUUGACCUGACGGACGUGAAUUUUUCUGGAAACCUCAAUCAUCUUUCGAAUGAGCUAGGAUAUCUUAGGUGGAUAAACUAUCCUUUUGAUUGUUUGCCUCCAAGUUUUCAGCCGGAAAAACUUGUCGAGUUGUCGCUCAUUGGCAGUGACAUGAAACAAUUAUGGAAAGACACAAAGCCUCUACAUAACUUGAGACGUUUGACUCUCUCCUAUUCUCAAAAUCUAAUGGAAAUUCCAAAUGUGAUUAAGGCAAUAAAACUUGAAAAGCUGAAUCUCAACGGAUGUACCAAACUUAGGGAGAUCCAUCCAUCCAUUGGUCUUCUAAAGAAGCUUACUGAUUUGAAUUUGGAAGGUUGCAAAAAUCUUGCCAUGUUACCCCGUUUUGGAGAGACCAUAAAUAUUGAAAUCCUGAAUCUCCGAGGAUGUACCAAACUUAGGCAGAUCGAUCCAUCCAUUGGUCUUCUAAAGAAGCUUACUGAUUUGAAUUUGGAAGGUUGCAAAAAUCUUGCCAUGUUACCCCGUUUUGGAGAGACCAUAAAUAUUGAAAUCCUGAAUCUCCGAGGAUGUACCAAACUUAGGCAGAUCGAUCCAUCCAUUGGUCUUCUAAAGAAGCUUACAUUUUUGAACUUGAAAGACUGCAAAAAUCUAGUAAGCUUACCCAACAGUUUAUUGGACCUCAAAUCUCUUGAAUAUCUGAGUAUCUCGGGUUGUUCGAAACUGUUUAUUAACAAGUUAUUAGAUGAACCAAGAGACGAGCUUUUAAGGAAGCAUUGUGAAGGUGAAGCUCCUGCUAAUUCCCAAUCAUCAUUCUCAUUCGUCAAAAUGUGGCCUUUAAAUUUGUUGUAUUCCAGAGCUCGUAAAGAUACAUCUACUGUUCUAUUGCCUUUCUCACUUGGCUUCCCACAUAUGCGUGAACUUUAUCUAAGUUUCUGCAAUCUACUUCAAAUCCCUGAUGCUAUUGGAAACUUACAUUGCUUAGAAAGGUUAGAUGUAAGCGGGAACAAUUUCGCUACACUGCCCAGCCUCAAGGAGCUUUCCAAACUGUAUUAUCUAAACAUACAGCAUUGCAAACUGUUAAAAUAUUUGUGUGAACUCCCUUCACGAACUGAGUUGUCAUCACUACCUAGUUAUAUUUGUUCAAUUAAAGCAGGAUUAUAUGUUUUCAACUGCCCAGGAUUAGUUGAGAGGGAACUCUGCACAAACAAGGGAUUUUCAUGGACGAUACAAAUUAUUGAGGCGCUCCAACAAUGCAUUUGCGAGAGUAGUAGCUACCAAAUAUGGCCUCCAUUGAUUUCAACUAUUAUUCCAGGAAGUGAAAUACCAAGGUGGUUUCGCAAUCAACAUGUGGGCAUGGGCAGUUUAAUAACCAUAGAUUCGCUUCUUCUUGAGAAUUGUGCUGGCAAUUGCAACGUUGGUUGUUGUGUAGUAUUCCCAGCUUGCUCCAGUAGGGAAAGAAUUUUAUGGAUGGAUCCUCAAAAAAGUGCAAGUAAUGGUUAUUUUGUUUUAGAAAUUCCCCUGGAUAUAGAUGAAGAUCUUGUCACGGACAACUCAGAUCACAUGUUGUUGUUCUACGUCCUUGCACCGAUGGAAGGGUCGAAAUUGGAAAUUGAUGUAAAAGAUAGACAAGGUUUUGGUGUUCAAGUGAAGAGAUACGGCUACAGUUGGGAUACGUAA